UUCUUGACCAUGGCGGAAAGUCGUUAUGCACUCAGCGGUAGCGACAACUCAAGCGUUUUAAGGCCUUGCCAAGAUGCAUGUGCUGCUUCUAAAAGAGCCUAGAGAUGGAGAGUCUGGACCUGAUCCUUACAUUAGGGACCUGGCAUCACAUGGACAUAAAGCAACUCUAAUUCCCGUGCUGUCUUUUAAGUUUGUCUCAUUAAACACUUUGUCAGAUAAGCUUUUCCAACCAGAAAAGCACGGAGGUCUUAUAUUUACCAGUCCGAGAGCAGUGGAGGCUGUGAGGAUGUGCUUAGAAGCAGAAGAAAGAAGAGAAGAAUGGAGCAGCUCGGUGAAAGACAAAUGGAACAGCAAGUCCAUCUAUGUGGUUGGGAAGGCAACUGCUGAAUUAGUACGGAGUCUGGGUCUGAACCCUUUGGGCGAGGACACAGGGACAGCAGAUGUCCUAUCACAUCUUAUCCUUGAACGAGAGGACACAAAUAUUCUACCACUUUUUUUCCCCUGUGGCUCAAUCAAAAGAGAAGUCUUGCCCACGGCUUUAAGGGGAAAUGGAGUGCCCCUCGAGACGCUGACUGUCUAUCAAACAGCUGAACAUCCAGAUCUGGAGAAAAAUCUGAAGAACUAUUUCACAGAGCAGGGCACUCCAGCCAGCAUAGCGUUCUUCAGCCCAUCGGGAGUGAAGUUUUGCUUAGAGGUGGUACGGAGGCUGUCAGGUGAACAGCUGAAUCAAAUAAAGUUUGCAGCCAUAGGGCCGACGACACAAGACGCUAUGGCAGCAGAAGGCCUGUGUGUCAGCUGUACUGCAGAGAAGCCAACAGCUGAGCACCUGGCAGCAGCGAUAGCCAAAGCUCUACAGUAACCACCUCCAGGCCGCCCGCAGCCCUUGAAUUCGUCUGUCUUUGUGUAUUCUGUGUUAUUUAUAUGAAUUGUCAUUUUUUCUGUUAUAUUUUUACAAGAUUUUGUCUAUCGGCUAAUUUGCACUGAGGGAAAAAAAAGUACCUUUUUGUGCCAUAGGAGCCUCAAAAAUGUAAGUGAAUGUAAUAUAUAUGUUCGGCAUGCUCAAGAAAGUCGAUCCAUCUUGUGUUUUGGAAAAUAAAGGUCGGUCAAUGUGAUGUCA